UGUAGUCUGAUUUCUUUGAAUGAGUGUAAAUUCGCUAGCAUGCUAACCUAGCUAGCGAUACAGAGGGUAACGUUAACGUUAGCGGGAUGCGAGAUGUGUGUUGCAUGUCAGUGCAUCUUGACACAUUAAUGUUAACUUGUCGUUAGUCCCUGCCGAGGUCGAAACACAAUAGCAUCGAUUUGAAGUUAGUGUUUGCUACUACCGGCUAUGUCUGAUGCAGAAUAAGGGAGUUGGAGGCGCAUUGUUAUAGCAGGUGUAACGUUACCCGUUCAGCAUGAUUGUCCUUUGCUCUGUGUUCAUGUUUUUGCGAGGAACAAGCUAACCUAGACAGUUUAGCAUACACAUUAGCUUGUUAGUUGGUAAACCAAAGAUACUGUAAUGUUGUCGUUUUGAAACAUAUAACGGGUACAGUCACACGGAGGGCCAUACGGUGUUUUGCUCUCAAUUGUAAUACACAUUUGAAUAUGAGAGACAUUACAGCUUAUUAGGGAAUCUAACCGAGAUGUAUCGUUGAUGUGCCGUUCAACAUUAUAGUUACCUGUCGUUACAUAGUGUUUUGAUGCAGGCAAGUAUCAGUGGAAUGCGAUGGCUGGAUACGCUCAGGCAUAUCAAAACCAUGUCCGUAAUGAUAUUGAGAUAAUAUUUCAUACUGUACACGUUUAGACUUGUCCGUUGCGUUGUGGAGGUGUGUUAUUGUGGCCGUCCCUCAUCCCCGUUCGAAGAUUUUAUGAUUUAACUGCUAGUCAGAUGGAAACAUCAAAAUAUUAUGUAUGUUGUAUGAGGCAAAAUAAAUGAACAUCUAGAUAUGGAAGGCUUCACUUGAAUACUUCAAGUAAGUGUGGUGUCUUUCAGCUGGCCAGACAAACCCAAGUCUGAAGCUAGAUAUUCUCAAGCUGGGACACAAAUUACACAGUUACAUUUGACUUGGGGCCAUAUGAACUGUAUCAGAGGGCGGUUGGUGGUGGGGAAAGAAGUCACAUUUCAACAUAGACUGCAUGGCAAUUCCUAGUACAAAGCCGUGUUUGAUGGACCAGCUCUGUGACGUGGUGGCGUGGUUAGAAUGGGACAGAGCACUUCGGGACAAGAGUCCCCCGAUCCACCAGAGCAGGAAGGCUUUAGCAACAUCAAGAACUUUGUGGAGGACCAACUACAGACCAGCAUGAUGCUGGGCAUUGUGAUCGGCGCUGGCAUCGCCAUCGUCCUCAUUGCCAUCCUGAUUUUCUUUGUGAUGCGCAGGAUAAAGCUUCGAAACUUAGAAUCCCAGGAAGCCCCCAAGUACCGUUUCCGGAAAAGGGACAAAGUCAUGUUCUAUGGACGCAAGAUCAUGCGGAAAGUGUCCCAGUCUACCUCAUCUCUGGUGGGGACAGCGUCGUCCUCGCGCCCCCGCCUCAAAAAGAAACAGAAGAUGCUCAACAUUGCCAAAAAGAUCCUGCGCUUUAAAAAGGAAGUGCCCAUUCUCCAGUUAAAGGAGCCUCCUCCGUCCGUGCUGGAGGCCGACCUCACGGAGUUCGACGUGGCCAACUCUCACCUCCCCUCCGAGGUGCUCUACAUGCUCAAGAACGUCCGGGUGCUGGGCCACUUUGAGAAGCCGCUGUUCCUGGAGCUGUGCAAGCACAUGGUGUUCCUGCAGUUCCAGCAGGGCGAGUACGUGUUCAGGCCCGGCCAGCCCGACAGCAGCAUCUACGUGGUGCAGGACGGCAAGCUGGAGCUCUGCCUUACCGGACAGGCAUUCAGAAGGGCCUGCGGUCAGACUUUGACAUGGCCUACGAGCGCGGUCGCAUCUCUGUGUCCGCAGAGGACGGCAACACCCCGCCCCACCUUCACACGGGUCCGUUCCGCUUCCCACUCUCACAACUAUUGCGUCGUUCAUCACAUAUAUAUGAUUACUUUUCUACUUGUAUCAUUUAUACGAUCCAUUACAUUGUUAUUACCUAUGCCAAGGAGUCGGUGUCCCAGGACCAGAAGGAGAGGAAGUCGGUGACGGUGGACGAGGUGCCGUCGGGGGUGUACCUGUACCCCGAGGAGGAGGGCAGCCUGGACAGCGUGUACGGGCCGCUGCCGGGCCGGCCCAACGCCGCCCUGUUCGAGGAGGCGCAGAAGGAGAUCCUCAAGCUCAUGAAGAUCGAGGACCCUGCCUUGUUGAAUGGCCGAGUGACUCUGCAUCAUGCCAAAGCGGGGGCAGUGCUGGCCAGACAGGGAGAUCAGGACGUGAGUCUGCACUUUGUUCUGUCGGGCUGCCUGCACGCGUACCAGCGGAUGAUUGACAAGGCGGAGGCGGUCUGCCUGUUCGUGACGCAGCCGGGCGAGAUGGUGGGCCAGCUGGCCGUGCUGACCGGAGAGCCGCUCAUCUUCACCAUCAAGGCCGUGCGCGACUGCACCUUCCUCAAGAUCUCCAAGUCCGACUUCUACGAGAUCAUGAGGGAGCAGCCCAGCGUGGUGCUGAGCGCCGCCCACACGGUGGCCAUUCGCAUGUCGGCCUUCGUGCGUCAGAUGGACUUCGCCAUCGACUGGAUGGCCGUGGAGGCCGGACGCGCUCUGUACAGGCAAGACGAUCAGUCGGACUGCACCUACAUCGUCCUGAACGGCCGCCUGCGUUCCGUCAUCCGUAAGGCCAAUGGCAAGAAGGAGCUGGUCGGGGAGUACGGUCGCGGUGACCUCAUCGGCGUGGUGGAGGCUCUGACCAGGCAGCCACGGGCCACUACGGUCCACGCUGUGCGCGACACCGAGCUGGUGAAGCUGCCCGAGGGGACGCUCAACAACAUCAAGAGACGCUACCCGCAGGUAGUGACUCGGCUGAUUCACCUGCUGGGUCAGAAGAUUCUGGGGAACCUUCAGCAGGCCCGUGGGCCUUUCUCAAGCUCUACGUUGGGCCUGCCCUCUCUGGGCUCCAGCCCUGACGUCACCAACCCUGCCAGUAACCUCUCCACGGUGGCCGUGCUGCCCGUGUGCGACGACGUGCCAAUCAAUGCCUUCAACCUGGAACUAAGCCACGCCCUCAGUGCCAUCGGACCCACCCUGCUCCUGACGAGUGACAUCAUCAGAGAGAGACUGGGGGCGUCAGCCCUCGACAGUAUCCACGAGUACCGGUUGUCCGGCUGGCUGGCCCAGCAGGAGGACAUCAACCGGAUCGUGCUCUACCAGACGGACAGCACCAUGACGCCCUGGACCCAGCGCUGCAUCCGCCAGGCCGACUGCAUCCUCAUCGUGGGCCUGGGCGACCAGGAGCCGGCCCUCGGACAGCUGGAGCAGAUGCUGGAGAACACGGCGGUGCGGGCCCUGAAACAGCUGGUUCUGCUGCACCGCGAGGACGGGCCCGGGCCCUCCAGGACCGUGGAGUGGCUCAACAUGCGCAGCUGGUGCUCGGGCCACCUGCACCUCCGGUGCCCCCGCAGGGUCUUCUCCCGACGGAGCCCCGCCAGAUUGAGGGAGGUGUAUGAGAAGGUGUUUGAGAAGACGGCAGACCGCCACAGCGAUUUCUCUCGUCUGGCACGAGUCCUGACGGGGAACAGCAUCGCUCUGGUGCUGGGAGGGGGAGGAGCCAGAGGGUGCUCCCACGUGGGCGUGAUCAAGGCCAUGGAGGAGGCGGGGAUCCCCAUCGACAUCGUGGGCGGCACCUCCAUCGGAUCCUUCAUUGGCGGCCUGUACGCCGAGGAGCGCUGCGCCGUGCGCGUCAAACAGCGCGCGCGCGAAUGGUCCAAGGCGAUGAACUCGGUGUUCAAGACGGUGCUGGACCUGACCUACCCCAUCACCUCCAUGUUCUCGGGCUCCGCCUUCAACACCAGCAUCUCCAAAGUGUUUGAGGACAAGCAGAUUGAGGAUCUGUGGCUGCCCUACUUCAACGUGACCACGGACAUCACCGCCUCGGCCAUGCGGGUCCACCAGGACGGCUCACUGUGGCGCUAUGUGCGGGCGAGCAUGACCCUCUCGGGGUACCUGCCGCCCCUGUGCGACCCCAAAGACGGCAACUUGCUCAUGGACGGUGGCUACAUCAACAACCUCCCAGCCGACAUCGCCAGGACGCUUGGCGCCAAGACCGUCAUCGCCAUCGACGUGGGCAGCCAAGACGAGACGGACCUCUGCAACUACGGCGAUAGCCUCUCGGGCUUCUGGUUGCUGUGGAAACGAAUUAACCCCUGGGCAGAGAAAGUCAAGGUCCCCGACAUGGCGGAGAUCCAGUCGAGGCUGGCGUACGUCUCUUGCGUGCGUCAGCUGGAGUUGGUGAAGAAGAGCGCGUACUGCGAGUACAUCCGGCCGCCCAUCGACCGCUUCAAGACCAUGGACUUCGGCAAGUUCGACGAGAUCUAUGAUGUGGGGUUCCAGCAUGGCAAGCUGCUCUUCACGGGCUGGGCUCGUGGUGACCUCAUCGAGAACAUGCUGAAAGACCACCGGUCGGCCGACUACAACGACAGCAAGAAGACCGACACCUGUGCAUGCACAGGAGCCGACUUCACUGACCUGGCCGAGAUUGUGUCCCGUAUUGAACCCGUCUCGGGCUUCGUAGCUGCUGAUGCGGAGGAGUCGGACUGCCUGACGGAGUACGAGGAGGACGGCAUGGACACGGUGCGGGAGGAGGAGGGCGAGGAGGAGGAGGACGACGGAGACGGAGACGAUCCCGAUGACCACUCUCCUGGCGACUGGGGCCCCAACGGAGUGUUCCAGGCGGAUGUGUCCCAGGAUGAGGAGAAGACUGUCCGUCAGCGCAGGAAAACGCCCGGCGACUCCAACACCUGCUCCGAGGUCUCGGACUGUUGACGUCUCCCGGCCUUCCUUGGGUACUGAAAAGAUCAGGGGUCAAGGGUCGAAGCUUGCCUGCGGGGAUGGGGCUCACCUCCCACCACCCCGCGCCCCCCCCCCCCCCCCUCUCCUCCUCCUUUUUACUCCCGAUCUUGGAAGAGCAGCUUGGCUCGGAGACACAAGAGCAGUGGAGAACCAAAGAUAUCAGCCCCCCCACUGCUGACCCGCGGGGUGAACCGAGAACAGACUCAUUGAACUGAGGGAUAUCUUGAAAGGCUCUCUGUGUGUGUGUGUGUGUGUGUGUGUGUGUGUGUUUUCUUUCUCUCUCUCCCCUCCUCCCUCCCUCCUUCCCUCCUCAGUCUGCC